AUGGGAUUGGGAAUAUUGGAAGACCGUCACCUCGCGCAUGUGCCGGGCACUGCGAUUCUUGAGGAUGACAUACAAGGAGACGAGGUUCCGGUUCUUGAUCCGAAUUUGAAGUAUGAUACUACGGGACCUCGACCUAUUGUGCUGGUACCGCAGCCGAGCGAUGAUCCAAAUGAUCCUCUGAAUUGGCCACUAUGGCGCAGGGAUUUGAUAAUGUUUAUUCUCUCCCUUGAUGCGAUUAUCGCCUCUGCAAUGACACCGAUCUUAUCCGCCGACUCCUUGACCCUAUUGUUCGAAUUCCACCUCAGGGAUAUCACCCCUGUUGCGCUAUUGACUGGAUGGCAUCUUUUCGGCGUGGGAAUAGCUGGGUUUAUAUUUGUUCCGACAGCUCGCGUGUACGGAAAGCGACAUGCGUUCUUGAUCGGCACAGUGCUGCUUAUCGUAUCUAAUGCAUGGGCCGGGUCAGCAAAAAGUUACAGAUCGAUCCUUUGGGCUCGUAUCAUCCAGGGUGUCGGACAACGUGGUGUUCGCAUGGCUUUGGCGAAUCUCUCGUUGUAUGGUGGUGCUUUCUUUUCGCCUGUCAUUGCUGGUGUCGUCUCGCAGAACCUUGGAUGGAGGUGGAUGUUCUACCUUGCCGCUAUCUUCUCAGGCGUUAUGCUACCCGCCAUUUUCUUCUUCUGUCCUGAGACUGCUUAUCGCCGCGCAGCCCAUCUCGAUCUUGAUACUGCCUCGACCGACGAUUUCCAUGGCUCCGGAGAAAAACAAUCUCGUGGUUCUUCGUCUGAUGGAGAGAAUUCUCAGCCGCCUAAGGAACCUAUACAGAAGAAGACAUACUGGCAGACUUUGAUGCCAUUUGACGGACGGAAGACCGAUGACAGCCUUUGGUUGCUUGCGCUAAGGCCCUUGCCGUUGUUCUUCCAACCAGCUAUUGCUUGGGGAUCUUUGAUCAUGGGCACAUUAAUUGGGUGGACUGUGCUCAUCGGUGUGGUUCUUGCUUUGCUAUUUGCCUUGCCUCCAUUUCAAUUUACUGUAGCUGAGAUCGGAUACACAUAUGCCGGAGCCUUUGUGGGCGCCCUCGUCGGAUUCGUGAUUACAGGAUUGUUCACCCAUUAUACGACUCUAUGGCUGGUGAGGAAGAACAAAGGUGUCUAUGAACCGGAAUUCCGGAUGUUGUUGGUUAUUCCUAUGCUGAUUUGUGGGUGUAUGGGUGUAUAUGGCUUUGGAUUUACUACGGAGCCUAAAUACGCUCGUGCGCACGGCUGGGUCGGUCCUGUCUUCUUCCUUGGAUUGGAGGUGGUGGGUAUGGUCAUCGGUGCCUCUGCUGCAGCCCUUUACAUUGUCGACGCACAUCGUGAUAUCGCCAUCGAAGCAUUCACGUGCCUGUUGAUGUUCAAGAACUUCUUCUCGUACGGGAUCACAUACGAUGCGUACUACUGGCUGCAAAAGCUGGGGCGGCCUAAGAUGUUUACUAUUUUGGGAUCCGUGCAGGUGUUUAUAUGUCUGCUGACGGUGCCGAUGUAUAUUUUUGGGAAGAGGAACAGGAGCUUCUUUAAGAGGCAUGAUCUUUUGGCCUUGUUGGGCUUGGGAACUAAGCCUAAGGCCGACCCGGAGAAUGUUCGUGGAUCUGGACCAAAGGGUACGGCUGCCGAUGCAGGAGAAGUUGGAACGUUUAUCGAAUCACUUCAGGCCUGA